AUGCAUCAGAGUAGAUGCCAAGCCCGACGUUGGAUUGCAGCGGCGCGUGCUUACUUCCUCCACCUGGUGGGUUGUACUCUUUUUGCUAAUAAGAGUGCAACCCAUGUUCAUGUGGUGCAUCUAAAGGGUUUUCAAGACCUAGGUCAGUCUAGGGGCUAUGCCUGGGGAGUUGCCACGCUGGUUCACAUGUAUGACCAGCUAGAUGAAGCUUCGCAGACCCGUACACGACAGAUGGGUGGGUACUUGACGCUAUUACAGAUAUAUGAGUAUUUUUCCAGUGUUCAUCAGUGCGUCACUGAUGAUGGGUACGCUGAGACGACCCCACGUGCCUCCAGGUGGCUUACGAUGAAGGCGCACAUGAAUGGGAUCAAGGGAGCGUUGUACAGGGGGCAGCUCAGAUGGGGUCAUGUUGUGGUCUAUGUCAGACUAAAGAGGGUGGUACGCCAGCUCGGGUACAUCCAGACCAUCCCUCCGCCGCCAGUUACUGGUUCGUUGUCGUAUGAGGACAUAGACGACAGGUGGAUGCAUUUAAGGGAUCAUCUAGCACCCGCAAGUGAGAUUUGUGUUGUCCACAACCAGGAAGGUGAUGAGCCCAGACAUCCACCUGCCCCAGAUGUGGAUGCAUACGUCGAGCCACAUAUCCCGGAGGUUCCAAUCGCAGCUGAUUUCCCUAGACAUUCAGUGGUUGCUUGUGAAGGUUGCGAAGCGAUCACAGAAAGGUUGGAGCGUGUGCUCAACCUUAGGAUGGUCACUGUAGGAACAAAGUUAUAUGAGAUCAUGGAAGAUUGCCUGCGGAUCGCUAGGGGUGACGCCUCUGAUGGAAGUCUUAGGGCGUGA